AUGUCAGGCGCAUCCAUUUUAUUCAUCUGCAUUCCAGACUUGUCCAUUUUUAUAUUUGGUACUCUAAGGUCGAGUGAGGCUUCGUCUUCCGUGGACGUCUACUCCGAUGAGGUGAUUCGGCUGAUUCAUCUCAACCAGCCUGAGUUGUCGGAUCUAAUGUCCAGUCAUCCACAUCUCACCUAUUUUCUGCGGGUACUCGUUGAGAACGAACGCCUUAACCCAAAGUCACUUGAGAGCACUGGCAACGUGAGCGUAGACAGAAGAGCUGGAGGAUUGCCGAAAACUCAAGAGGAGCUUAUUGUAGCAGACGAAGGAGGUAGGAGUUCACCCUGUGACGAUCCAGGAAACAUGAACUAUAUGCUAAAGAUGCGUUUUUUACCUGGUCGCUUGGAUAUGGGGCUCCGUAUCAUGCAAAACUUGAUUGAUUUCGUCCGCAUCACACUGAAAAAUGAGGUAUUGCCUGCCAAAAAUAUUGAGAAGCUGGUGCUGGAAGCGGCACAUGAGUGCCGCCUCCCAAAUGAACUAACUUACAUUGGUAAUCAGGAGUAUUGGCAGUUAACUCUACGCCAACUACGCCGUAUCGAGCUUGAGGCUGCACGCAGCAUUCUACGAGAGAUUGUUAAUAGGAAUAAUUAUACCAUAGUUCUGGAGGAAUUGAAAAAGCGAUUAGCUGAUUUGCAUGGCAUAGAAAAUAGGUGA